CCAGACCCGAGGCCUUUGGCUUUUGCCCCUUUUCCGCCUAAAACCCAGGUGCGCGGCGGCGUUCGGCUUCUGGGCAACCGCCUUUCAGUUCCACACGAGCAGCAUCAGUAUGGCAUCAGCGGAGGCCGCGCCGUUCUGCGUAUCGGCGUCCGCGGGGAAGGGCGCCGCCGCCGCGAGGCCGCACGGGCACCUCGUGCUCCCGGCCGGGCGCGCGCGCGAGGCGCUGGCGUUCGCGGCGGGCGCCGUGGCGGCCGUGCUCGUGCUCCUCGGCUCGGCGUCGUUCCUCGCGCCCGCGCCCGUACCCAACCUCGUCGCCUUCCCCACCCCCGCCUCCGCCUCCUCCUCCGCGCGCGACGCCGGCGGCGUCGUCGGUGUGGGGAAGGGGCCGCGCACGUUCUACGACGACCCGGGGGUGUCCUACGCCGUCGGCCGCCGCGUCACGGAUUGGGACGCCAAGCGCGCGGCGUGGCUGCGCACCCGCGGGCUCGACGGCGCGGCGGUCGCGGGCCGCGUGGUGAUGGUGUCCGGGUCGCAGCCGGAGCCGUGCCGCGGGUCCGGGGGCGACCACCUCCUGCUGCGAUUCCUCAAGAACAAGCUCGACUACUGCCGGCUCCACGGGAUCGAGCUCCUCUACAACACGGCGCAUCUAGAGCCGUCCAUGGUGGCGUACUGGGCCAAGAUCCCGGCGGUGCGCGCCGCGAUGCUGGCCCACCCGGAGGCGGGGUGGGUCUGGUGGGUCGACGCCGACGCCGUGCUCACCGACAUGGAUUUCUCCCUCCCGCUCGAUCGCUACGCCGGCCACAACCUCGUCGUCUACGGCUGGGAGAAGGAGGUGUACGACGCGAGCUCGUGGGUGGGGCUCAACGCCGGGGUGUUCCUCAUCCGCAACUGCCAGUGGUCGCUCGACCUCAUGGACGCGUGGGCUCGCAUGGGGCCGGCCUACCCGGAGUACGCCGCGUGGGGAAAGACGCUAAGGGAAGCGCUCGCGGGGAAGCCCAACGACGAGUCUGACGACCAGUCGGCGCUGGUGUACCUGCUCCUCAAGCACCGGGAGCGGUGGGGGAACAUGACCUACCUUGAGACGGGGUACUACUUCCAGGGCUACUGGGCGGAGAUCGUGGGCCGGCUCGACGGCGUGGCCGCGCGGUACGAGGCCGUCGAGCGGGGCGGCCGCGGCGUCGCCCGCGACGCGGCGAGGGGGCUCCGGCGGCGGCACGCGGAGCGGGAGCACCUGCGGUACGCGGCGGCGAGGAACGCCGCGGCGGGGCGCGCCGUCCCGGGGCCCGACGGCGGCGGGCAGACCGGGUGGCGGCGGCCGUUCAUCACGCACUUCACGGGGUGCCAGCCCUGCGGCGGCGCGCCGAACCGGAUCUACUCGCGCCAGCGGUGCGCCGACGGGAUCCGCCGCGCGCUCGGGUUCGCGGACGACCAGGUGCUCCGCGCGUACGGGUUCCGCCACGCAGGCCCGCUCAGCGACAGCGUCCGGCCGCUGCCGUUUGGCUACCCCGCCGCGCGGUGACCGCGCACAGGCACCGCUGGCGCUCGACGCCGCGGCUCGUGGGCCAGCAGCACAAGGCAGUGAAUUCGCUCUGACCGCGCGCCGACAGGUGAUCAGGAGUGGCGAGACAAAGAUUUAGAGCCCUUCUGCAUAUGGAUAUGAGUGUCAAACCCAAACCGUCAAACAUGUUUGUAAAUGUGGAUGUGGUGUCGAUCGCAGUGAGAGAUUUGGGCCUUGUUUGGA